AGUUUGCCAAGCCUCUCUGUAUCUCCCCCCCCAGUCCAGCCCACUUGUCCAGCCCAAUCACUGAGGCAGCAGCUAAUGUCACCGUGAGCCUAUGGUGUAAACUAGCACUGCUGAUAGCCACUGUGUGCGACCUUUCAGGCUACAUCAUCUGUCUUCCACCGGCUGGAGCUCUCACUCCUCGACUCAUCGCCCGUGUGUAACUCCAAAACAUGGCGGCCCUCAAAGCUUUGUGCAGAGCGGAUCAUUUAUUCUUCAAAAACCUCUCAGGUCCGUGCAGAACCAGAUUAAAUGUCGCUAAUCUCCAAUUAAGCAAGACCUGUGGUUGUUACUUCUCUACUUCUAGCCAAAGAAGGUCAAAGUUCUACAAAGAUUCUUCAGAGGCAGUCAAAGAUAUCCCAAAUGGAGCUACUAUUCUUGUCGGAGGCUUUGGAUUGUGUGGUAUCCCAGAGAAUCUGAUCAACAGUUUACUGAAGACCGGAGCUAACGGUCUCACUGCAGUCAGCAACAAUGCAGGAGUGGAUAACUUCGGCCUGGGCCUGCUGCUGAAGACUAAGCAGAUCAAGCGGAUGAUCUCUUCAUACGUCGGGGAGAAUGCUGAGUUUGAACGACAGUAUCUGACAGGAGAGUUAGAAGUGGAACUAACGCCACAGGGAACUCUUGCAGAGAGGAUCAGGGCUGGGGGUGCCGGGGUUCCUGCCUUUUUCACAGCCACUGGAUAUGGCACACUGAUCCAGGAGGGAGGCUCUCCCAUUAAGUACAACAAAGAUGGCAGCAUUGCCAUCGCCAGUGAGAAGAGAGAGGUGCGGGAGUUCAAUGGCAGGCACUAUAUCAUGGAGCAGGCCAUCACUGGAGACUUUGCACUGAUCAAGGCAUGGAAAGCUGACAAGGCUGGAAACAUUAUUUUCAGGAAAACGGCCAGGAACUUCAAUCAACCAAUGUGCAAGGCAGCCAAAAUCACCAUAGUUGAGGUGGAGGAGGUGGUGGAUGUUGGGACCUUUGCUGAAGAGGACAUCCACAUACCUAGCAUCUAUGUCCACAGGGUGGUCCACGGAACCGGCUACGAGAAAAGGAUUGAGAAACGCACAGUACAGAAAAGUCAAGACGAGAAGCCCAAACCAAAGAAGGACUCGGACAUUGUUCGGGAAAGGAUCAUUCGACGGGCUGCACUGGAGUUCGAGGAUGGAAUGUAUGCAAACCUUGGUAUUGGUAUCCCCAUGCUGGCCAGCAACUUUAUAAAACCAGACAUCACAGUGAACCUUCAAAGUGAAAAUGGGAUUUUGGGACUGGGCCCAUAUCCCACUGAGGAUGCCGUGGAUGCAGACCUGAUUAAUGCCGGGAAGGAGACGGUCACCGUGCUGCCAGGGGCCGCGUAUUUCUCCAGUGAUGAGUCAUUUGCCAUGAUCCGAGGGGGUCACAUCAACCUGACAAUGCUGGGAGCCAUGCAGGUGUCAAAACAUGGAGACCUAGCCAACUGGAUGAUCCCAGGUAAAAUGGUGAAGGGUAUGGGAGGAGCCAUGGAUUUGGUGGCUAGCGCUGGAACCAAGGUGGUGGUCACCAUGGAGCACUCAGCUAAGGGAGGAAUACACAAGAUAUUGGAAACAUGCAACCUGCCUUUAACAGGGAAGCAGUGUGUAGAUCGGAUCAUCACAGAAAAGGCUGUGUUUGAUGUGGAUACGACAAAAGGCCUGACUCUGAUAGAAGUAUGGGAGGGACUCACUGCUGAAGAUAUCAAAGCAUGCACUGGCACAGAUUUUGAGGUGUCUCCCAACCUGAGGUCCAUGCAGCAAAUCUAGAGGAACAUGCAAUGGUUUUGGCUUGUGUACACUCAUUUAAUUUCUCUUUGGUGACCAGAUAGUGUUUUAGCAGCCAGAGACAUGUCAAAUACUGUUUAAACAAAAAUGUUAGGUGCAGUUCCCUACUUUUACCAUUAAGUUAUUCUUUUUUUUUUUACUAGUGCGUAUGUAUAGAUAUUACCAAAUAAUCCAUCUGAAUUGACAUCUGGAAUACUCUUUAUAUGCUCAGGGAGAAAAAUGCUAAUUUACCAGUGCUAUGAAUAAAAAUAUACAAAUACUUGAAGAUUACUGUAGACUGUAGAUUAGAGGAUUUUGCACUAGGCACAAAAGGGAAUAUGAUUGUGCUGUAUUUGUGGUAAUACACCAAGUAACAAAAGAGUCUUUGGAUUAUAUCAUCUAAUGUAAGAUAUCAUAUUAUUUAUUCUCCAUUUGAUUGACAAAGAAGAUGCAAUAAUGACAUGUGUCAUAACAAACACUGUCGCAUUGUCAAACUGUUUUAUGGACUGUAUUUUCUCUGACAUAUUUGGUGUGCAAUUACUUAUUUAUUUAAAAUAAAAUGUUUUUUGCUCAGCGUAACAUA